AUGGAACGCCCCUAUAAGAUUUUCACCUGUCGGAGACUAAUAAAGGGGUUGAGGAGCCGGGGAAGAAAUGCCGGAAAAAGGAACGUCUGUGGAGGAAGGAAGGGCAAAAAUAAAGAUGAUGAACAGAAACUUGCGGUCGACGCGACUACGGGGGCCGUCUGCAUUGCAAAACCGCUUGACUACGAAGUUGAACAAUCACUCCAAGCAGUCAUCGAAGCCAUUGACCAUCUCGGUUCAACCGCCACAACCACGGUUAGCAUCGACAUUGAUGAUGUCAAUGAUAAUGUUCCGGUCUUCUAUCCCGAAUAUUAUAACAUUACCAUUCGAGAGGGCGAGAUCAAUUCUGAUUCGAAUCGAGAAUUGUUAGUGGUGCAGGCCAGCGAUGCGGAUAGUGGGCUUGGUGGAGAGGUCCAAUACAACCUUCGUGCUGGAGAUGCUGGCUUAUUCCGAGUGGAUCCACGUAGUGGUGCUAUAUCCCUGCGCGAAGGCCUUUCGAAAGGAGAAUACUCUCUUCAAAUAUCUGCUACGGACGGACUGGGACAGGCGGCACACACCAAUGCCCUGGUUCAAGUAUCUGUAAUCGGUAUUUUGGCGGCUGCACCGAAGUUUUCACAGGCCAAAUACGAAUUCCAUACCACCGAGGAUAUAUUGCCUGGAAUCUCAAUCGGUGGUGUAGAAGCGACGGGUGGGCCUGGGAUACGGUACUCCAUCUACAAUGGUGACCCCGAUCAUCACUUCACAAUUCAUCCCGAAACCGGAAAAAUUACUGUGGCUAGGUAUUUGGAUGCCGACAAACAGGAUACGGUGUUGUUGAACGUACGGGCUGAUCUUAUUGACGGUCUCUCCAAUCACACUCAGGUCAGAAUCCAUAUCGAGGACCAUAAUGAUAAUCCACCGGAAUUUACUGAAAAUGUGAUGGAGGUUAUCGUUCGCGAAGAUGCAAAACCUCAACAAACCUUCUUCAUUGUCCAAGCUAUCGACAAGGAUAAGAAAAAGAACGGCGAGCUGACCUAUUCGUUGAUGGCCUCAAUCCCAAUUGCUCCAGUAAUGAUUCAGCCCGUCACUGGUCACUUGGUUUUGACAGCACCCCUAGAUUACGAGAGGAUUCGUGAGUAUCGCAUUCGGGUCAAGGCUCAGGACAACGGUAUCCCCCCUCGUUCCACUAAUGCCACCGUAAUCCUACGUGUAUCCGAUGUAAACGACAAUGCGCCGAUUUUUGAAAAUGCAACUUAUGAAGUAGAAGUCUUUGAACACGCUCCAGCCAAAACCCAUCUAAUCCAAGUGAAGGCGGUCGAUUUUGACUCUGAAGAAAAUGGACGUGUCGAAUACCGUCUGGAUCAAAGUGUCGAUGCUUUUGGGAUUGAUCCAAGGGGCGGGACACUAUUCACGAAAAAGGAUCUCGAUCGGGAAGUCAAAAUGGAACAUAAUCUAACUGUCUAUGCAUAUGAUGCCGGCUCGCCGUCAAAAUCUGGCAGUGCUGUGGUGCGAAUUCAUGUAAAGGAUAUCAAUGAUCACUCGCCACAAUGCGUGGAUCAAGCUAUUACAGUGAAUACGGAUGCCGAUACCAGGAAACCGUUUGGCACUCUACUUGCCAUCGAUCCAGAUUCCGGUGAAAAUGGAACGCUGACAUUCCGCAGCCAACAUGCACACCCUAAUUUUAUUGUAAAGGGAAAUGGCGAAAUAUACCUGAGGACCAACCUAAUUAGCAGCAAAUCCAGUGAAAAAGAACAAAAACUUCCGGUGAUUGUCUCCGAUGGGGGUGUACCUUCGCGGUCGACCGUAUGCCACUUUACAAUUCGGGUCGAGGAUGGAAAUAGUAAAGUCGAAUUGAUCCAACCGGUGUUGAAUACAAUACGGAUUCGCUCUGAAUGUGAUCGUGGUUGCCGUUUAAUCAAAAUAAAUGCAACGAACGUGGCAGUUUGGCAAAUUCAAAGCAGUGAAUUCUCGGCACUAUUUUCGAUUUCUGCUCAAGGGAUUCUGUCAUUGACUUCACCACCAUCCGCCACUCAACCAUUCCGUCUAACGCUCGUCCUCUCCGAUGAUGAAGGACGUCAAAUUUUAUUGCCGUUGAGGAUCAUACCGUAUAAGGAUUUUAAGGGAGAGCGAAUGCUGGUCUCUGUUCCACUCAAUACACCAAUCGGCACAAAACUAGUUGACGCAAAUGAACGGAAUUCCUCAGUAUAUUACUCUCUACUAAAUACGACCGAACUUGUCGAGGUUGACGAAGCCACUGGUUCUCUUUUCUUGACCUCAAAACCAACGUUAUACUCUGGACAAGUGAUUGACCUCUACAUGGAAAAGGGUUCAUUAACUGGAUGUGAUACGAAUAUGCAUGUGGUGAGCCUGGAAAUUGAGCAAAAAGCGCUGAAACCGCGAUUUGAGAAGAAUUUGUUCUUGACAAAUCUUUCUGAAGCGACGAUACCAGGCACA